GUGAGCGGCGCGGACAACAAAGGCGCGGCCGGGCGGCCGCGGCCGGCGAGCGGCUGGACGCUGCUGGUCUGAGUGGGACCUUGUCUAAUGGCUUCCUCCAACCCGCCUGCACAGACUGCCAGAGGAGAUCCGCUGGUUCCCGGAGGCCCAGGCCCCUCCCCCGAGGUGGAGGAUGACCCUGGAGAGGCCUUUGAGUUUGACGAUAGUGAUGAUGACGAGGACACCAGCGCUGGCCUGGGCGUCCCGGGCACUGCUUCAGAGAAGGACACAGACGCCCCACUGAUCCACUUGGACUCCACCCCCCUCACUGACCCAGACCCAGCGGCCGCACCCCAGACGCAGGUACUGCCUGUGCUGAGCAACGGGGAUGCUGGGGAUGCAGCUUUCUCUGGGGUCCAGCGCUCCAGCUGGAGGCGGAAGAGCUCCCGCCGCAUCGACCGGUUCACAUUCCCUGCCCUGGAAGAAGAUGUGAUUUAUGACGACGUCCCCUGUGAGAACCUGGAUGCCCAUCAGCCCGGAGGGGUGGAGCGGAGCCUGCUCUACGAGGACGUGCAGCGGGACGGGGUGCCCCGGGAGCCCGAGGACCUCGGCUGGAGCUCCAGCGAGUUUGAGAGCUACAGCGAGGACUCGGGGGAGGAGGCCAAGCCCGAGGCAGAGCCCGCCAAGCACCGCGUGUCCUUCCAGCCUAAGCUUUCUCCAGACCUGACCAGGCUCAAGGAGAGAUACGCCAGGACUAAGAGAGACAUCUUGGCAUUAAGAGUUGGGGGGAGAGACAUGCAGGAGCUGAAGCACAAGUACGAUUGUAAGAUGACCCAGCUCAUGAAGGCCGCCAAGAGCGGGACCAAGGACGGGCUGGAGAAGACCAGGAUCGCUGUCAUGCGCAAAGUGUCCUUUCUGCACCGGAAGGAUGUCCUUGGUGACUCGGAGGAGGAGGACAUGGGGCUCCUGGAGGUCAGCGUUACGGACAUCAAGCCCCCAGCCCCGGAGCUGGGCCCCAUGCCCGAGGGCCUGAGUCCUCAGCAGGUGGUCCGCAGGCACAUCCUGGGCUCCAUCGUGCAGAGUGAAGGCAGCUACGUGGAGUCUCUGAAGCGGGUACUCCAGGAUUACCGCAACCCCCUGGUGGAGAUGGAGCCCAAGGCGCUGAGCCUGCGCAAGUGCCAGGUGGUGUUCUUCCGCGUGAAGGAGAUCCUGCACUGCCACUCCAUGUUCCAGAUCGCCCUGUCCUCCCGCGUGGCCGAGUGGGACUCCACUGAGAAGAUCGGGGACCUCUUCGUGGCUUCGUUCUCCAAGUCCAUGGUCCUGGACGUGUACAGUGACUACGUGAACAACUUCACCAACGCCAUGUCCAUCAUCAAGAAGGCCUGCCUCACCAAGCCUGCCUUCCUGGAGUUCCUCAAGCGGCGGCAGGUGUGUAGCCCCGACCGUGUCACGCUCUACGGGCUGAUGGUGAAGCCCAUCCAGAGGUUCCCGCAGUUCAUCCUCCUGCUUCAGGACAUGCUGAAGAACACCCCCAGGGGCCACCCCGACAGACUCUCGCUGCAGCUGGCCCUCACAGAGCUGGAGACACUGGCUGAGAAGCUCAACGAGCAGAAGCGGCUGGCCGACCAGGUGGCCGAGAUCCAGCAGCUGACCAAGAGCGUCAGUGACCGCAGCAGCCUCAACAAGCUGUUGACCUCAGGCCAGCGGCAGCUGCUCCUGUGUGAGACGCUGACGGAGACGGUGUAUGGAGACCGAGGACAGCUCAUCAAGUCCAAGGAGCGCAGGGUCUUCCUGCUCAACGACAUGCUGGUCUGUGCCAACAUCAACUUCAAGGGCCAGCUGGAGAUCAGCAGCCUGGUGCCCCUGGGGCCCAAGUACGUGGUGAAGUGGAACACGGCGCUGCCCCAGGUGCAGGUGGUGGAGGUCGGCCAGGAGGGCGGCUCCUACGACAAGGACAACGUGCUCAUCCAGCACGCCGGCGCCAAGAAGGCCACGGCCACCGCCCAGGCCCAGAACAAGGUGUACUUUGGACCUCCACGCCUCUUCCAGGAGCUGCAGGACCUGCAGAAGGACCUGGCGGUGGUGGAGCAGAUCACCCUCCUCAUCAGCACUCUGCAUGGGACCUACCAGAACCUGAACAUGACUGUGGCUCAGGACUGGUGCCUGGCCCUGCAGAGGCUCAUGCGGGUGAAGGAGGAGGAGAUCCACUCGGCCAACAAGUGCCGCCUCCGGCUCCUGCUUCCUGGGAAACCCGACAAGUCUGGUCGUCCCAUCAGCUUCAUGGUCGUCUUCAUUACCCCCAACCCCCUGAGCAAGAUCUCUUGGGUCAACAGGUUGCACUUAGCUAAGAUUGGACUCCGGGAAGAGAACCAGCCAGGCUGGCUCUGUCCAGAUGAGGACAAGAAGAGCAAAGCCCCGUUCUGGUGUCCGCUCCUGGCUUGCUGCAUCCCUGCCUUCUCCUCCCGGGGCCUCAGCCUGCAGCUUGGAGCCCUGGUCCACAGUCCUGUCAGCUACCCCCUGCUGGGCUUCUCAGCAGUCAGCACCUCCCUUCCACAGGGCUACCUCUGGGUCGGGGGCGGGCAGGAAGGUGCAGGGGGGCAGGUGGAGAUCUUCUCCCUGAACCGGCCGUCGCCCCGCACGGUCAAGUCCUUCCCGCUGGCGGCCCCUGUGCUGUGCAUGGAGUACAUUCCAGAGCCAGAGGAGGGGGAGAGCGGAGACGGAGACAGAGAGGAAAGCGGCACAGCUGCUGACCCCUCGGCUGCAGUGCACCCCACCAUCUGCCUGGGGCUCCAGGAUGGCAGCAUCCUGGUUUACAGCAGUGUGGACACGGGCACCCAGUGCCUGGCGACCUGCCGGAGCCCCGGCCUGCAGCCCGUGCUCUGCCUGCGGCACGGCCCCCUGCACCUGUUUGCCGGCCUGCAGGAUGGGACCCUUGCCGCCUACCCCCGGAGCAGCGGAGGCGUGCCCUGGGACCUGGAGAGCCCUCCUGUGUGCCUGACAGUGGGGCCCGGGCCUAUUCGCACCCUGCUGAGCCUGGAAGAUGCUGUAUGGGCCAGCUGUGGGGCCCGGGUCACCGUCCUGGAUGCCACCAGCCUGCAGACUCAGCAAAGCUUCGAGGCGCACCAGGACGAGGCCGUGAGCGUGACGCACAUGGUGAAGGCGGGCAGCGGCGUCUGGAUGGCCUUCUCCUCCGGCUCCUCCAUCCGCCUCUUCCACACCGAGACGCUGGAGCAUCUGCAGGAGAUCAACAUCGCCACCAGGACCACCUUCCUCCUGCCAGGCCAGAAGCACCUGUGCGUCACCAGCCUCCUGAUCUGCCAGGGUCUGCUCUGGGUGGGCACCGACCAGGGUGUCAUUGUCCUGCUUCCUGUGCCCCGGCUGGAAGGCAUCCCCAAGAUCACAGGGAAAGGAAUGGUCUCACUCAACGGUCACUGCGGGCCCGUGGCCUUCCUGGCUGUGGCCUCCAGCAUCUUGGCGCCCGACAUCCUGCGGAGCGACCAGGAGGAGGCCGAGGGCCCGAGGGCCGAGGAGGACAAGCUGGACGGGCAGGCCCACGAGCCCGUGCCCGCGCCCGCCAGCCACGGGGGCCGGGAGCUGACCCGCAAGAAGGGCAUCCUGCUGCAGUACCGCCUGCGCUCCACCGCGCACCUGCCCGGCCCGCUGCUGUCCAUGCGGGAGCCGGCGCCCGCCGAGGGCUCGGCGCUGGAGCACAGCGAGGAGGACGGCUCCAUCUACGAGAUGGCCGACGACCCCGACGUCUGGGUGCGCAGCCGGCCCUGCGCCCGAGACGCCCACCGCAAGGAGAUCUGCUCCGUGGCCAUCAUCUCCGGGGGGCAGGGCUACCGCAACUUCGGCAGCGCCCCCGGGGGCAGUGGGCGGCCCGCGCCCUGCGGGGAGACGGACAGCGCCCUCCUUAUCUGGCAGGUGCCCUUGACGCUAUAGCCUUUGCCCAGGGCGCACAGCUCAGCCGUGCCUGACUCUCAGCCCGCUGGGGACCCUGCUGGCCGUCCAGGGUCCCCCAGGGAAAGCGGGGGGCAUAGCCUUCCAGGGACCUACCUGGGGGCCGUGCAAAAUGGGUCUGGAUUCUCCAGGAACCGUGUGGGCCAUGCAGAGAAGAACCUCUUCCUUAAAAAUGUCUCAGACUGUUCUGGGGAGUGUUUCGGGUUUGGGGAGAGGAAGGAAAUGGCCUUCUUUUCAAAAGCAAAAAAAUAAUAAUAAUAACAGAAACCUCACGAAUGCCUGGCAAGCCCAGGGCCGCCGCCGGGGCAGCAGGCUCAGGGCCGCCCGGGCUCUCCUGGGAGGGCGUGGGCGUGUGCGUGUGCGAGGGCACACGGGCUGGCGUGUGAAUAUAUAUAAAUACGUAUACAUGAUGUAUAUUAUAUGUGUAUAAAUAAAGUCUGUACAUAUUGGCGCUCUGGGAGAUGCUGGAAUAAAAGGCAGGAGUAACGUCAGGGUCGACGGUGUUUGUUUUUGAGAUGCAGCAGGGUGCAG